AUGAUAUUUUUUGCCGGUUUCCUAGAUAGGAUUCGUCGGCCAGCAGACCAAAUGGCCAUGAACCCAUCUGCUGCAUCCUAUCGCAGAAUAACGGAGAAGGAGAUAAUCGAUCAAACCCUUCCGUACUUCGUCUUUGGAAAAGGAGGGCUAGCUAAAACUAUCCGCGAUAAAGGCCAAUUUUCAGCCUUGGAGUAUAUAGGGGUACCGAGUCCACUUCUGAAUGAAAUACGUGACACGAUUACCGAACGUUCCGUUACUCCACGUGAGUCAAAGUACCAGUCAGUAGACGAGGAGUUUGGUGGACCAUCUCUACUCUUUAAUGAGGUCUUGAUCCCUCGUUUGGUGAAAGACGGGACAAACUCUUACAAAAUCAUCUCCAAUCCGCAGUUCACGCUUUGCUUCAGGACCUCAAACGCGAAUCCAAGCCACCAGAAAAUCCUAUUCAUAAAUAAUAGAACAGAAGUUCUCGUCUAUCAGUGGAAGGAUCCUCCAUUUGCCUUAACUGAUGAUAAAUCUAGAAAGUCGAAAGAAAUGCACUUAUGGAAAUGUUGCCUCAGCGAGACUCGCCUUUCUUCUUUUUCACUAGCAAUGGUGAAAUCGUUUGUGGCGAAUCGAAAACUCUCCACAUUUCCAUUCAAUCCUCCUUUGAAGGAGUAUUCUCAGAAUCCUGGCAGUUCUUCACAGAUCCUCCGCUGCUUCCCUCCCCGUCUAAACGGCGGAUCAAAAGUCGUUGCAAAGAUGCAAUGUCAAAUUACGAAAGAAAUGAUCAGAGAGAUGGUUGAGGAUUGCUGCUCAUCGAUUUACUGGACCAAUACACAAAAGCCACGCAUUGUCGAUGCUCUGGCAGCAGUUGACCUCUGUGAGCAGCAAAAUCCCGGUGUGCGACAAACGAAUUGCCUGGACAUUUGUACAUUUUCACUAAAGAUGCAAUUCGAAAAAUUUAUGACAAAGUUGGACAAAGAGAUGGAUUCUCUUGAGGAAAAAAUGCUUUCCAGCAAACCAUGGUAUUUGCAUGGUGAAGUUUCUGGCAAGGAUCGGUCAGAAAACGCUCUACUGGAAGAACACUUCGAAGUGCAGAGGCAUGCUAUUUACAAACCUGGUCCUUUUGAUGAAAAUAUUAUCGUUGAAUUUUUGAAAAAGGGUAUUCGUGAACAGUCCUUCGACAGUCCAACCCUCAAAGUCAAGCCAAAAGACCACGUUACGGCUCCUAAAGACCUUAUCAACACCAACAAAACUUCACUUGUUGAAGAAUAUGAAAACCUUUACAUUAAAGCCAAGGCAUUGGAAAAACCUCAGGAGGACCCAGAAAAAGAGGCGCUUCGACGUGAAAUUGUCGAUUUAUUUGACAAUCUGGAUGCUCUGUCAAAUAUGCACUUUCGCGUGGACGGCUACAACAUUCUCACUAACAAACAAGCUGUGGCACUGGAAGAAGCAGGUCCAACAGCUAUGGCUGAGAGUGAUCUACUCGCUCCGGAGGAGAUUUUCGAACCCCGUGGAGAACCACUCAAGGGAGCUACCGAAGUGACCUCUACGGACAGGCGGCGUCAUCGCAAGAAAUUAAUGCGCGUCCGAGCGGCCAAGCGGAAGAUGCGUGCCGCUAUGUCUAUCAAAAACAAGGAUCAGAAAGUCGCGAUGGCUAAGGUUAUCAAGAUGGCUCACAAACCCGGCUCUAACAUCAAGAUAGCCAGAUAA